UCUGUCGCUCGGCUAGGCCGUGACACUCAGACCCGCGAACCUUGAUGCCAUCUCUCACUUCCCUCUGAUGUUACUCCUGUCUCUAUGGCUGGGUUGCGACGGACCCAGGAUAUAGAUCAGUGGAGACCAGAGGAACCGUCCAUCAGAGACAGAGACAGGGAGCGCCCACGGGAGCAGCACGCCGACACCAGAGCCCCGUCACCAACGCCACGCAGGGCGAGGGACGACCCCAAACGAGGUCACCACGACCUCGACACUCGUUCAUCCGCAAAACACUCGAGGGCACGAUCGCGCGAGCGAAGCUCAAGCAGAGACAGGGCGCGUCAUCACAGCCGUGGGGACUCAAGGGAGAAUCGUUACCGGCCGUUGAGAGGGAGGGCGCCCAGCUCAGACAGGGUUUCGCACUCGCAUCGGCAUCACCACUCCCACCACCACGACAUCUCCCCAUCCUCCAAACGCCGCCGCAGCCGCAGCCCAUCCCCGCAUCGCGAUUCCACCAAGCGCGUCAAGCGGAGGAGAAGUCGCAGCACCGAACGAUCGAAAUCGCGGCCUCGCCGCCCAGACUCCUCCCACCGGCCCACCGAUAGGGCAUAUUCGCCUCGUCCUCCCCGCUCAGACCGCGACCGACCUGUGCAACGCCAUACUCCCGACUCGUACAUACCAGCAUCGACAUCUCGGCGCCGUUCGCGGUCUGCUGAUUCUCAUUAUAGGCCUGCUACGCACCGGGUGAGGAAGCGAUCCACCACGCCUGACCGGAGGUCAAGGCGAGACGAUUCACCGAAAAGGCACCAUAAGCACCGUCAUUCACCUUCUACUGAGGAUCGAGGCAGAGCGCAGAGGCAAACAUCCUCAAGAGACCAGGAGCGGAGCCGCAGCCGCCCAUCUAGACACGCUCGUUCGCGUUCCCCGCGGCGCAGGCGGUCACACACUCCUGUUAGGAGACGAUCACCCAGGCGAGAAAAAGGUCACUCUCCACGUGAUACCAAUCACCGCCGCUCAGCCUCACGAUCGCCUUCGCAUCGAUCCAGACACUCUGGGAAGGCUGACAAAGAGGACGAUAUUGUCAAGCCUGCAAGAGCAAACAAGUCACCUUCCAGGAGAGGAUCCCCAAUUCCGCAAUCUGGUUACGCCUCGGACACCCAGAAGUCCGAAGGGGGCACCACGAUGAGAGGAGGGGCUUACCAUCACCAGAGUCGGCCUCCCCGCCCUGGAUUGGAUACACAUUCAAACUUUUCUCAAUCCCCGCCUUAUAUGACGCCAAAUCAAUAUUCUCCCCAAGGCCAAUCGCCAUAUCAGAAUACGCGUGGCGGAUGGACUGGCCAGCAGUCUUAUCCUGCACAAGGGUCGCCAAUGCAGGGCUAUUCGCCUAACCAGUCUCCCUACCCCAGCCAGAAUUACUCCCCAACUGGCCCUCAGGGUCAGUUCUACCCUAAUCAGUCAUAUCCACCACAACACCAGAUGCAGCCAGGCUUUCAAAGUUCUCCUUAUCGAGGAGGCCAUGGUGGAGGCUUACGUGGGAAUCACUAUAACGGGGCAGACAGACGGAUGUCAGGCCCUGGGCCAACUCCAAGCUAUACACCUACUCAAGGUGGCCGGGGUCGCGGCGCCGCUCCAACACAGUACUCAAAUCUCUCAUGGACUCCGAACACAGGCACUAGAGGUGGUCGGCCAGCCACCGAGGCUCCCCGCCAUUCGACAACUCCUACAACUCAAUCAGGAGCUGACCCGGCACCACCUUCUGCUGACGAGGAAGACAACCCUUUCCGGCCUUCAAAGGACCUCCGGGUUGAAGAUGAAGGGCCAAAAGAAGAGAAGAAAAUGCCGCCACCUAAUAAGCCUGCAGUAACACCAAGUCAGAAAACAGGUUUCAGUUUUUCCCUGAAAACGAAGGCCCCUGUUCCUUCUACUAGCGUCCCGAAGCCUGAUACACCCUCAAAGCGACGAACAGAAUCUCCCUCGAAAGACGUUGCGUCUGACCCCAAGUCAAGACCAACAUCAACACGUGAAUCCUCCUCCAAAUACCCUCUCGAGUCUCGGACUGACCGCGAACGCGAACGAGAACGAGAUCGGGAGCGAGACCGAGAUAGGGAGCGAGACCGGGACCGGGACCGGGAGAGAGAUAGGGAUAGGGAUAGGGAGAGGGACAGAGACAGAGACAGAGAGAGGGAGAGGGAUAGAUAUCGCGAGCCCGAUUAUCGCGACAAAUACCGAGAGUCUGAUAGACUCAGAGAGAGGGAGCGUGACCGUGAGCGGGACCGAGAUCCUCGCUAUGACAAGUACGAUAAGUACGAUACCUACUAUGAUAGGAAGCCUGGCUACCGAGCUCCGGACCCUCGCGAUAUCCGCGAGCCGCCAGAUCUAAGAGACUCAAGAGGCUACCGAGAAAGGCGUGAGCCUCGAGAAUACCCAGAGCCCCGAGACACACGAGAUUUUUACGAGAGAGAUCGUAGAGACGCAUGGUCGGGCCGACGCUCUGAGCCUCGACCUGAACAUCGACCUGAACCCCGACCAGAGCGCAGGGAGCCGCCACCACCAGAACCAGUGAAGACCAAGACCGUGAAGAGAAAGCGUGCGAAACCUUUACCAACUCUCUCACCCGACUUUGCAGCUUCCGACUCUGUAUACUAUCGGAAACCAGGAAAUGAGUCUGUUGUCGGGUCUGGUACUUUUGGCAAGGUUUUCAAAGGGGUACAUGUGUACACGAAGGAAAUGGUUGCCCUCAAAAAGAUCAGGAUGGAGGGCGAGCGCGAUGGCUUCCCAGUUACCGCUAUUCGAGAGAUCAAGCUCCUGCAAUCCCUCAGCCACGACAACAUCGUCAAGCUGCAAGAAGUCAUGGUGGAGAAGAAUGAUUGUUUCAUGGUGUUCGAAUAUCUUUCCCACGAUUUAACGGGUUUACUGAAUCAUCCGACGUUCAAACUGGAUCACUCGCAAAAGAAAGACCUUGCCAAGCAGCUGUUCGAGGGUCUCGAUUACCUCCAUCGCCGAGGUGUAUUGCACCGAGAUAUCAAAGCUGCUAACAUCCUUGUCAGCAACACCGGUCAACUCAAGCUUGCCGAUUUUGGACUCGCCCGAUUUUACGCAAAGCGCGGCAAGCUUGACUACACCAACAGAGUCAUUACCAUCUGGUACAGAUCCCCUGAGCUUCUUUUAGGAGAAACUCAAUACGGCCCUGCAGUCGACAUCUGGUCCGCCGCAUGUGUCCUUGUAGAAAUUUUCACCAGACACGCAAUCUUCCCGGGCGACGGCGGCGAAAUCAACCAACUUGACAAAAUCUACAAUGUACUCGGUACGCCCACGGUCCAGGACUGGCCUGCUAUCGUCGAAAUGCAAUGGUUCGAGCUCCUGCGCCCCACGGAAAAGAAACUCAGCUCCUUUGCUGAGAAAUACAAAGACCGUGUCACACCCGCUGCAUUCGACCUGCUAAGCGCGAUGUUCCAGUUUGAUCCAACGACUAGACCUAGCGCGUCGGAUGUACUGGAGCAUCCCUAUUUUACGACGGAGGCACCGAGUUCGAGGCGUGCGGAGGAGCUGAAGGAGCUGGAGGGUGAUUGGCAUGAGUUUGAGAGUAAAGCAUUGAGAAAGGAGAAGGAAAAGCAAGAUAAGGAAGCAAGGCGCGCGGCACGGGAGGGCGAGAAACGAAGGGCCGAAUCGGUCGCUGAGCCGGAACGAGAGGUGAAGAGAGCCCGAAGUGGGGAAAGUGCGCAAAGUCAGGGUCAGGCGGUUGGGGCAUAAUUGAGUUGAAAGGACGAGGCAUUGGGUUUUGCUUUUUGCGAUAAUUGAAGGGGUGGUUUGAGGGGUUGCUAUCUUAGAUGAGAAGGUUACGAGCAGCAUGUUUUCUCUUUUUUUUUUUUUUGGGCCGGGGGGAAGGCGAGGGCGACCUGCUCCCUCGAUUAUGCAAAUAAUUUUUUCUGGUAGAGUCUAGAGCAGGUGUUGAGUUGAUGAG